CCCAGGAGGAGCAGAGGGAGCCCCACAACCACUACGACGAGGAAGGAGCAGAGAGAGCACGGAGGAGCCAUGGCAGGAACCGGCCUGGGGGCCCGCUUAUACCGGCAGGUCAAGAGACAUCCGGGGCUCAUCCCCAUGAUCGGCUUCAUCGGCCUGGGCAUGGGCAGCGCCGCCCUCUACCUGCUGCGACUGGCCCUGCGCAGCCCCGACGUCUGCUGGGACCGAAAGAACAACCCGGAGCCGUGGAACCGCCUGAGUCCCAAUGACCAGUAUAAGUUCCUUGCCGUCUCCACCGACUAUAAGAAGCUGAAGAAGGACCGGCCGGACUUCUGAGCGGGGCUGGGGGCACAGCCGCUGCCCGCCGCGGCCAGCAGGCCAGCUCCCGGCCGGGCCCUGUGCAGACCCGGGUUCCCACGCGGCGGGAUCCAGCCCCACCCACCGCCUCCCAGCGGAAGCGCCUCUGACCCUGAGCUUGAAUCCCAGGGGGAAGGGCCGGGAGGGCCACCGCGGCCCCGUCCGUCCACCCAGCAGCCCGACCCACCCCCUUCCUGGGCCUGGGAGGGCGGGGCCGGGCUACGUGUUGCGCGUGGCCUACGUGCGCCAGGAGCAGGCAGAGGCCCGAGUGCCAGGCGACGUGGCGGGCCCCACGCCGGCGGGCGGCUCUGCUCUGGCCCGACCGGGCUCGCCGCGGGCUGCCAGCCUGCCCCAGGACCUCACCCAGCGGGCGAGCACAGCGCACAGCGGAGAUCCCAACCCUGCCCGCCCCCCUCCCGCCUAGCACCUGGGCUCCCCCCCACCCCCGCCAUCGCCUGCUCCUCCCUUGCUCCCCUCCAUCCCCGGGGA